AUGACCGAGCUUGUGGUGUUCGAGAACCAUGACGUCUGCUUGCAGCACGUGACGAGGGUUCGAGUGCCGCGUGAAGUGAACACGUUGGAGCUCUUCUUGGGAGUUGUCUCGGCGCACAUAGCUGCCUUUUCUGGUGACGCAACGGCUGCUGGCCGCUACCGCUUUGUGUACUCACUGAAGGGAAAACCCCUGUGGCACGUCUCGGACUGUCUUGAGGCCGGUGAGGUGGUUGUGAGUUGCACUCCAGGCUUUCUCGAAAGAAAACGCAGCACGGCAGAAGUAUCGGCGUCCACUCUUCGCUUUGAUGCCUUUUCUUCUGCUACUGCCGCUUCUUUAUUUUCUCCUUCUUGCGCGGCUGCUGCCACUCCUGCGAUUGCAUUUUAUUCGCAUAAUGUGAGUGGCGGCGGGAAAAACUCGUCCGAACGAGCGGCGAAAAAUGCCGGUGGUGGACGGAGCGGCAAAGGCAUUGAGUUGGACGCUACUGUCUUCAAUAUCAACGGGCACCGUGUGGUGCUGCCGCCGCCUCCUCGCUUUGUUGACCCGGCAUUAGGAGCCGUGACGGAAGUGCAGCACUCUGAAAAGGUUGCCGCAGUGCGUACGCUCCUUUCUUUGAAGCUUCUUGGGCGCCCUUUUUUGGUGAAUGAGCUGCUUUUUUGCGAGGAGUUACGGCUGCGUCUCGAGCCCAUCGUUGCGACAGCCAUCUCGAGAAAUGAGGAGGCUGCGGCUCGCGUGGUCGUAGAGGGGCCACCAAAGAGUGGGGUCUCGACCACACUGGCGUAUUGCUGCCACAUGGUGGUUUCAGCCCCGGUUAGUCGUUUUCAUGGGUGUCUCUUUUUACCUCUCAACUUUGAGCUAUUAUUUGAUACCGCGUGGCUUCAGCUGUCAAAUGGAGGGAAGCCGGAUGAAAAGAGGGUACCACCUGUCGACGUGGACAACCAGCAAGCACUUCUUCUGGAUGUGCCAUUUUUUUUCCUGACGCUGGUGCGACUAGUGGUAGACUCCGCGGUGGCCCAGCGACCGUCCUUGCGUGAUGACAGUAAAGUUCUUGUGGAGGCGUGGGAGCAACUUGUGACGCGGAGGGACUUGGAUGCGCCUCAAUUUGGUGGCUCGCGCUUGGCGCAAGUUGUCGGUCAUCGGGCACUUUAUGAGUGGGACGCUUUUGCCGUAGCCGCUGUGCAGGUCCUGCGCGCAGUGGAAAACUCCCCGCGGGACAUGAUGCUACGGGAUGCCCUCAUCGAAACGGUUUUAGUGGGGUUUGUUUCCCAUUUGGCCUCCGCACUUCGCUUUUCGGGUGUUGUGUAUAUCAUUGAUGGUCUUCGGUGUCUUGCGAGCGUCUUGCGGCAUCGCGUACGGCGACCAUUGGGUGACGCGGGGGUGUUUCUCCGGUGCCUCAAAAAACACCAAUGGGCACACGUCAUUGCUGGCGUGGACAAACUCGCAUUUCCACCGCCAGCUGUGCUCUUGCCUGGGCCGGUUCAAUGUCUAGGGCUUCUACACCUGCUCUCACCAGAAUUGCUCACACGGCACUACGGCUACCCUGCGGCCAUUUACUGUGGCGAUAAAAGGUUCCCCUUGCAGGUACUCAUGGGCGCCCCCGGUUACCUGCGGGCGCUCCAUGCACUGCUAGAUGCACACGCCUGGACGACGAUGGAAAAGGGAGAAGGGAUGAGUUACGUACUGCGAGUGGAAGAUGAUGGCGUCCUUCACGCUCUUCAAAACCUUACAAAGACGCUUAAAAUAGAAUCCGAUUUUGGACUAGACUGUAGUUGUUGA